AUGGCAUGUGAACUGCUUGUUCCAAACCCGGAGGAGCGACGUCGGGGUUUAGGGAGCGAGGGUGCCAGCAGGGGGCAGUUUGCCUGUGGCCAGCGCUGCUGGCGACUCUGGAGCUUUGUGGCGCCGCUCGGGCACGCCCUAGUCCCCACCCAGCCAGCGGCGAAGUCCCGGAAGGAGAAGGGGCCGCGGCGGGUGCUGGAGCAGCUGGCUGACGUGGUGCUGAUGAAAGGGAACAGGGUCAAGCGGACCUGCGGCGUCUCGGCUCUCCUGGACCCAUUCAUCCCGCCGGAGCUGCGUCCACACUCAAGCCGGGAUCGCUCGGUCUUCCAGGACCCUGACGCCGUCGCACUGGUGGUGCGUAACAGCGAGCUCGCCCGCCUGGGCUAUCUACAUAGCAUCCCACACCAUGUAACCAUCCCCUUCCUCCAGUGCUCCGACUCUGCGCGAAGCCUCGUGGAGACAAAGAUUCAAAGGGUACCAAGGAACACGGAGGCGCGCCAAGGCACCUCGGAGACGCCGACCUCGUGCACGCCGAUCCACAAACGCGAGCUGUACCUGGGGAACAGGCUGGACGUGGCCUGA